CUCAGUGGAAGCAUCUUCACACCGCCGCCGGGGAGUCCGGAUCAGUAAAGCGAACCCACCCGAACAGAAGAGCCUCCCCCCUCUCUCUCUCUCUCUCCCUCUGUGUCUCUUCCCCUCUCCGUCUCCAUCUCUCUCCAAACUUUGGAGACCUUUGCGCGUCAGUGAGGCGCAUUUUGGAUUUUGCCGAUUUGGAGUGAGAAAACUUUGCGCGCAGCAGAAACUUCAAACUAAAAGAAGAAGUUCCCUGAGAGUUUGUGGAGAGGGAGAAUGACCCUGCAGGGGGACCAGCUGCCGCUCCAGUGAAAACAUGGAGUCCUGUACAGGCGGCGGCGGAGGAGGAGGAGUUGGAGGAAGGUGGAGGCUCCGUCAUGUUGUCCCAGUCGUCCUGCUGUGGAUGACUCUACACAGGCACGUGCUGGGCUGUACCACCACGAACUGUAACAUGCUGCUGAUGGAGGCCCAGGGGGAAUUCAUGUCGCCCUGCUACCCCCUGAAAUACCCCAAUUCGCAGGCCUGUAAGUGGACCAUGCAGGCCCCCGCUGGCUUCAUCAUCCAGCUCUCCUUCCUUGACUUUGACCUAGAGGAGGCGCCGGGCUGCAUCUACGACCGGGUUGUGGUGAACACAGGAAACACGGACGUUAAGUUCUGCGGCCCGACGGCCAACGGGCUGACGCUGAACUCAACAGGGAAUGUGAUGGAGCUGUCCUUUACCUCCGACUUCAGUGUGCAGAAGAGGGGGUUCAGUGUUAGCUUCCGACACGUUGCCGUGGCCCUGAGGAACCAGAAGGUCACCAUAUCCAACGGCAAUAGCCAGACCACUGAGGUCUCCAACUCUGUUUCCAUACCAGCGCUCAGUCACCUGACGCUGUGCUUUGAGUUGGAACGCAACAGCGACAAAAAGAAAGAGUGGAUCUUCACCUACUACGACACAAGCAGCAACGUAGCACUGAGUUUGGGCUCUGACCAAGGCGACAUGAAGAUGAUCGUUGAUGGGGUGGUCUGCCCUAUCGACACCAUCCUCUCCUCUACUGACUUCACAUCCACCAUGAAGCCUUUCUGCGUUCUCUGGACAUCAGCAAACGGCCGGGUGGCAGUCUACUUCAAUGGAAACUACUGGGCCAAGACCUGCUCCACCUCUAGUGGGCACACUGUGCCAGGUGGUGGACAGUUCCAGUUAGGAGGGCAGCAGAGCUUCGACGGGAACAUUUACAACCUGCGGCUGUGGGAUUACGCCAUGACGGUGCAGCAGCUCGAGGCGUUGAGCUGUGACACGGUGGGGAACGUCAUCGACUGGGACAACAGCCACUGGACCAUCCCGUCCGCUCAGGCCCAGACCGACGCCACGCUCAGCUGCAUCUGCUACCCUCAUUGCAUUCAUUUAACUACUGCUGCGCCAACUAGUGGUGUCUCCCUGCCCAGCAUCACACCACUCACUACCAGCUGUGACUCCCCCGGACUGGGCUGCCCAGCCGCUUCCUCUCCCGCCACUUCAUCCACUGACUCCACUAACACCAUCCAUGCUACUAAUGCCACCGCCCACGUUCUCCCCUCCAUCACUUCAUCCCCAUCCACCAGCACAACCAGCUCCUUCUCUGUUAUGCCUGCCACUACCAUUGACAUCACCACCAGCACUGCUACCCCUGCAUCUCCUUCCACUAACGUUGCUUCAACCAGCAGCACAGCACAUGCCCAACAGACAACCAGCAGCACGUCAACUGUUUCAUCUGCUACCACUAACCACCCAGCUACUAACCCCACAACGCAUGUUCCAGCAACGACUCCUUCACUGCUGCUAACUACUAACCAACCAACCACUAACAUAGCUGCAUCAUCUUGGGAGUCGUUGUUCUACCGGAUUUCUUUUGUGGUGGAUGACGGAAGCGCGGCGCUGGCCCAGACUGAUGUUAAGCAAGCUGUGGCACUCUGGCUCAAUCAAACCUUUCAGAACUGGACCCAUGCAGUCUACGUAGACUCCAUCAGUGUUCAGCCUGGUUUGCAGAGCGGGGGUAAGCCGUCGAGUUUCACCUGCCAGGCCCUUCUGGUUUAUUAUUACAUCACAAAUCAGAGUCUGGGCGAAAUGGCUGUGUUAUCGCGGCUGUCAAGCAGCGAGGGACUCCUGGGUGCGGGCCUGCAGAUCCAACCUGCCUCCACUGUUGUCAGAUUGAUUGAAAACUGCCCAGAGGAGAAUCCGCUCCACUACCGCUGGCCCAAAAGCCGACCCACCGUCACUCAGUACCUGCCCUGCUUCCCCAACAAGGACCAGAGCACCUCCAGGACCUGUUUGAUCAACCUACAGAACUACUCUACCUACUGGUCGGCUGCAGACAUCAGUAACUGCACGGACAUCGACGACAUCCAGGUGUCCGCAGAAAAUGCAGCCGAGGUGGCGGUGCAGCUCGCCGUCAUCACCAACAACGAGCUGUCCAAUGAGGAGGUGUCCAAAGUGGUGACGAAGGUGAAGGAGCUGGUGAACGUGGCGAAGAUCAACACCACGUUAGCCUCCACCGUCGUCACCAUCAUCUCCAAUGUCAUGGCCAGUUCAGAGACGGCGCUCGCUGCCACGUCCGAGAAAGCUCUGAAGACGGUUGAUGAGUUGGUUCAGAAGAUCGAGUUUGAGGGUUCGUCGAUCAACAUCACCUCCAGACACCUGGCUUUGGCGAUAUCUGCCAUCAACACCACCAUGUUCAACGGGACGUCCUUCAGCGCCUUCAUGGCUCCGAACACCAGCCACCCGCAGAUUAAUUUCGAGUCGGAGAGGAUGAACGCUUUAGCUCAGGUCACCCUGCCUGCCUCUCUGCUGUACAGCAACUCCCUGAGUGAAGCCGAGAGGUCGACUCUGUCCAGGAUCAACUUCAUGUUCUUCAGCAACACAAACCUGUUCCAGAAAGAGCAGGACGGUCGCUCUUUGAACAGCUACGUGGUGGCCAGCAGCGUGGGGAACUUCUCCAUCAGUAACCUGAUGGAACCAGUGGAGAUAGAGAUCGCUCACCUCUCUGAGCAGCCCUCCCUGAAUCCAGUCUGUAUGUUUUGGGACUUCAACAUGAACAGGGGUGCUGGAGGUUGGAACGGAGAGGGCUGCAGAGUGUCCAAAGAAUCCAGCAGCAACAAAACCAUCUGCCUCUGCGACCACCUGACCCACUUUGGUAUCCUCAUGGACAUUUCUGGAGCUUCGCCCCACAUAGACCCGCAGAACAACAAGAUCCUGACCUUCAUCACCUACAUCGGCUGCGGCAUCUCUGCCAUCUUCUCAGCUGCCACGCUGCUCACCUACAUUGCCUUCGAAAAACUACGGCGUGACUACCCUUCCAAGAUCCUGAUGAACCUAAGCACGUCUUUGCUGUUCCUGAACAUGGUCUUCCUGUUAGACGGCUGGCUAGCCAGUCUGGAAACCGAUUGGCUGUGCCUGUCUGUUGCCGUCUUCCUGCACUACUUUCUGUUGACCUCCUUCACCUGGAUGGGGUUGGAAUCCAUCCACAUGUACAUCGCCCUGGUCAAAGUCUUCAACACCUACAUACGCCGAUACAUCCUCAAGUUCUGCAUUGUCGGAUGGGGUCUGCCGGCAGUGCUGGUCGGGAUUGUUGUUGCUAUUGAUAAAAACUCUUACGGCUUGCAGGAGUACGGCAAAGGAGAGUCAGGAGAGGGAUCCUCAGAGUUCUGCUGGAUCCAGAAUUCAGUCGUCUUCUACAUCACCUGCGUAGGUUACUUCUGUCUGGUGUUUCUGCUGAACGUGGCCAUGUUCAUCGUGGUGAUGCUGCAGAUCUGCGGCCGCAACGGCAAACGCAGCAACCGCACACUGCGAGAGGAGGUCCUACGAAACCUGCGGAGCGUCAUCAGCCUCACCUUCCUGCUGGGUAUGACCUGGGGCUUCGCUCUGUUCGCCUGGGGACCCGUUAACCUGGCCUUCAUGUACCUCUUCUCCAUCUUCAACUCACUGCAAGGUCUGUUCAUAUUCAUCUUCCACUGCGCCUUGAAAGAAAACGUCCAGAAGCAGUGGAGGAGGUACCUCUGCUGCGGCCGAUUCAGGCUGUCAGACAACUCAGACUGGAGUAAGACAGCCACCAACAACACAAAGAAAGUGAGCUCGGACAACCUGGGCAAGUCUCUGUCCUCCAGCUCCUUCGGCUCCAGCACCGCCAACUGGACCUCCAAAGCUAAAGCUACGCUCAACCCCUUCACCAAGAGACACAGCAACACAGAUAAAUGUUACUCCAACCAGACCAGUCCCAAGUGCGUCUCCUCGUCCCCUUCUUCCUCAGAGGUGGAGCCCAACUCCUCUUCCUCCUCCUCCAUCCUCCCCGUCAGCCAGAUGAUCGAUAAGGUGAAAGAUUACUGCUCCACACGCACCGACAACUUCUACAAGAACAUCAUCAUGUCCGACAGCUUCGCCCACAGCACCAGGUUCUAGAACUUUCCUCAAUGUUCUGGGGUAGAACUUCGGGAGCAUCCCCCCUGUGUUUUGGAACUACCCGACUACAAAAUGUUGUGACAUCUUCCUCCUGGCAACUUCAGUGACAGAGGCUUCCGUUUAAGGUUCCAAUAUGAAGGGCAGCAAUAGAACCGGCCUCGCUGUUCUAGAACUGCCCACUAUGUUAUUUAAGGCUUCUCUUUUGUUCCAGAACUACUACCUAUAACAUUCUAGAACUCCCUGACACCCUCUGCCACAAAGGAUGGUUAUAGAAUUCCAAGGGCUAUUACCAAAACCAGUCCGACAUUCUACAUGUUGUUCCCAACUUUCUAGAUCUUGUGACGGCCUCAGCAUUUUAGAAUGCUCCGUGUUCUGGAAUUGCUCCAAGGGCAACUGCAGAAGCCCCUCCAACAUUUUAGAACAUUCCAAGCUUCUGAAACUCCCUGGCUAACAUUCCGGUACCUUUUUGGCCUGACACAGGAGAAUGUGUUCUAGAACUCUCUUGUCAUCUAGAAAGCCUGGAUCCUUCCCGCCAUCCUCCCUUACCCUGGAGCUUUGAAUCGGAAUCCCUUGUUGAAUUUGAAUGUGUUUCAUUGUGUUUCAUCAUGUACAUACACGAGCCACGAUUUUAAUGGUAAUUUUUAUCGGACUGAUUAGCUAAAAUUCAACAUUUCUGUCAAUAUCUAGUCAUUAGAAUUCAUGAACAGCUGGUUGGUCUGUGUCACAGAAUACUAAUUAGCCGUUUUCCAGAAUACCAAUGCAACAUAUAAAGAAUGCAGCAAAAAUGCAUGAAAAGCUACAAGAUUUAAACCAGAGCCACCGUUUUAAUGCACUGUCUUUGCUUUGUAUGAAAGUAGCCUGCAUCAAGAAAAACCUGCCUUGUCAUGAAAAAUGUUCAAAAGGAAGCCUGUGAACUUGCUGCAACAAACUGCUCAAAUCCCAGAGACCAUGUUAGGAUAAUCGUGGACAUAGACCUGGUUUAAAAUCCCAUGGUCUCCUGGAUAGUUAGGGGUGUCUGACAGCUACGGAGUGGUCAGAGAACGUUGAUGCGAUUCUACUGUAUCAUAUCAAAUUACAGAAUCGGCUGACCUGGCUGCCAGACUGUGGGACUAAGAGGAAAUGAAAGGGAGCAGAGGAGGGAGGAAAGGAUAAACACAAGGUGGGAAGGUAGAAAAAAAGGAGGAAAAAAAGUCCUGGUAGAAAAAAUAGUAGGCUGUUAUGUCUUGGUGUUUUUUUAAUACUGUGAUGUUUGUUUAAAGUGGCCGUGUGCAUGUGUGUGGAGCCAUAUCCUAUGUAAAUAUUGAUGAUCUAUCUAUUCUGUGUGCCUUAUUCUAUAGUGUUAUAAUAUGUCCAUGUGGUUGCUUUUGUUCAUGCCUUCACAGGGUCCUGGAAGGGUCACCGGGACUGUACAUACAAACCAAAACAUACUCCCAACCUCCCCGUUUUCACCUCUGUGAGAAUACAAUAGAAUAGUUUGUCUUAUACCUGAAAGCUAUAGACCAGUUGAUCAAGGUGCAUUUUGGCAUUUCGCUUAAAGAUUUUAGAUUUUUUUAAAAAACAUAUUUGCAUUCUAUUAUAAUGUAUAUUAUCAUGAAAAAACAAAGCUUGGAAGCACAAUGACACAUAUUUCGAAUUUAUAUCGGAAAUAUCUCAACUUUGCUUAGAAAUGCCUGGACAGAUAUUCUUGACAAACGAGUGCUGGUAGAUUAAAAAAAAUUGUAGUAAUAUUUACCCACUGGUUGACACCCAUGAAAAUUGAAGUUGUCUCCAUGUGGACAAUGUUGGUUUAAGGAUAAAUAAUAAAAACCAAACUAAUGCCAGUGGCCACUGAAGCUCUGCUCCCUGUACACGUCAGCCAAAGUUUAGCAAUCAUGCAGGGUGGAAUUUAUGGCAACAGAAUCCCUGUUAAAGUGAGGAAUCCUGUGUGUGUUCAAAUUAUAUUUUUUUUAUUCAGCGACUGGUAAUGGCUUGUUUUUAUGAUAGCUUAAAGAAGUCAUUGCAUGAAGAAGCUGCCAGGAUGAUAUUACAAUCACCUUAACUGUCAGUUCAGCCAAAUUACAAAAAAAUAAGAAGCUUUCCCAUGGUGUCUCCAGCCAUCAACAUAGUCUGGGUUUAAUUCAGCUGAGUUUUGAGAACGCCUGCCACCACCCAAAUGCAAUGGAGGUGAACAGAAAUUCACUUGUUGUGCUUCAAUAAUAAAAACCAUGACAUUUGAAAAGCUCAUGCAGCAAAACAGUCCAGAAACAAUGUCCAGAUUACUCUGGAUACCCUACAGACCUUUAAAUGGACAUUUUACAAAUUAUUACCUAACAAAAUAGUCCCCUGGAAUCUGUUGACAGUGAGGUCUGUGGAUUAUCCAGAGAAAUCUGAACAUUGGUACUGGAAACAUUGAUGAUCUUAGGACCACAAGUGAAAGUGAUAAGUAUCUAAAAACUUGGAAUGAGCGCAGAAAAAGACACUCAAGCAGUGAGAAAAUCUGUUUUUGUGAUUUGGGAGGACUGACCCUUUAAUGAAACAGUGUAUGUGCAGUAGGGUCUAAAGCAAUGAGCCAGAACCAAGAGGCCUUUUUAUUUCAUCAUUUAUCAAAAUUCAUCCAUGUUUGUUGGGGAAAUACCUGAUAUCGAUAUCUUGACUUUGAGUAAAUCUUUUGUAAUAUCUGAACAUUAUUCCAUCACUUUAUAAUACAGCAUUUAUAUUGGGUUUGAAUUGCGGAAAACCAUGAAAGUCAACACCUCCUGCCCUUCAAACCAGCCUGUCAACAAGUCUUGAAGUGUAAUUGCACUUAAUAUCCUCUUUGUAAAUGAAUCCUUUCCAAUAGAUUGGAAGCCAAAAAAGAAAGUAAGAAAAUAAUGAGGUUCCUCUAUGGACUUCUGCAUGCAGCUAUCAUCUCCUUAUAUAAGCUCUCCAAUUUGAACUGAUGUGUAAACAAUAGGUUCCUGUGGUCAUUAGCAGUGACAGUUUGGCCCACCCAGAACAUUUAGUCAUCAGCAGAGGAGGUUUGGAAAAUGUAAGUGUCACUCAUUACUGCAGUCUGACAGUUGUCUUUUAUGAACUGCAGUCAGACCUUCGGUUCAGUUGCAUUUGUAUCAUAGAUACCAUAAGGAUGUUUAGUUGCUAUAUUAUUGACUUGAUGUACUGCUGUGGUCACUUUAGGUUUCUGUUUAGACUUAAUUUGGAUGAAAAAAGUUGUAAAAAUUGCUUGGCCAUUUGUUGCACUGCCUCAUUAAAGUCUUUUAAUUUA